CUUGCCUUCAGGUGACCUUCAAAACGCCGCGUAGUUCACUUUUGUCAUGUCAAGGUCAAACGGCCUCGAGGUCCCUGAAAUACCCGAAGUAAAAUAUGAAUAUUUAGAUCACACUGCUGAUGUACAGUUGCAUUCGUGGGGUAAUAACCAAACAGAAGCAUUUGAACAAAUUGCUAUGGCAAUGUUCAACUAUAUGACAACAAACUACGACUCAGUGGAUAUGUCAGAAAAAUUUGAAAUUGAAGCUAAUGGUCAUGAUAUGAUGUCACUACUUUUUCAUUUUCUGGAUGAAUGGUUGUUCGCGUUUUCAGCUGAUCCAUUUUUCAUCCCACGGGUUGUUAAAAUAACAGAAUUCGAUAAGGAAAAAUUUCACAUUAAAUCAGUUGGUUGGGGUGAAUCUUUUGACAUUUCAAAACAUCCUCAGGGUACUGAAGUGAAAGCUAUCACCUAUUCAAAUAUGCAAAUUCAUGAAAAUGAACAUAUGCACGAGUUGUUUGUAAUUAUUGAUAUUUAAUAAUUAUAUAUAUAUAUAUAUAUAUA